AUGGCACCUCUCGAUCCAAUGCGGUCUUCAAACACAUACAUGGACAUCGUUUCAAUCGCCCAUGAGAUCGAGGACAUCAGCGCCAGUACCAGUGAAGGGCACGUAAAUGGGGUGUGGCAAGCGAUUCUAGACUGGGUGUUUCCAUCUACAGAAGGGUAUAUCACCAGGGCACAAGCCCAACACACCGCGUGGGGAGGCCGGAGAGGGUUUUCGGACUUCCACACAUUUGAGUGGGACGACACCACCAAGCAACGAAUCUUUUUUCUUGUAACCCAGUGCAAGCCACAACGGAAAGAAGGCCAGGAUUCGGCCUGGCAGGACGGAGCAAACCAGCUUGGUGGUUAUCUAAGGAUGCAGCAUGGCACGAGGCCAACAAACGAACGCCGCGACGUCUAUCUUGGCUAUAGGUGA